CAAGCCACGCCCCCUGCCACGCCCAUCCCUCCUCAUUGGUGGAUAUCCGGCCCCGCCCCUUCGCUGAUUGGCUCCCGCCGCUCCCCGCGGGUCCGGGCUGGGCGGGGCCCGGUGUCGCGAUCUCGCCCGGGGGUCGCGACAGAACCCCACCCCCACCCCCCCGCCGCCGCCAUGUCGGCCGAAAACGCAGCGGUGCCGGCCGGGACCGGGCCGGAGACGAAGAGCGUGGUGAGCCGCGUGGCCAACCUGACCCUGGUGAGCUGUGCCUGCGGGGCCGUGGCCUCGGCGUACGGCCGCACCAAGGAGAGCCACCCCUGCGUGCGCUCCGUCUGCGGUGUUGCCGAGAAGGGCGUGAAGACGCUGACAGCGGCAGCAGCGAGCGGGGCCCAGCCCCUCCUCACCCGGCUGGAGCCCCAGAUUUCCACCGCCAACAAAUUGGCCUGCAAAGGGCUGGACAAGCUGGAGGAGAAGCUGCCCAUCCUGCAGCAGCCCCCCGAGAGGGUGGUGGCCGGGACCAGGGAGCUGGUGUCGUGCACGGUGAGCGGGGUGGUGGCGAGGACGCGCUCGGCGCUCGGGGCCGUGGUGGGCACCCGCGUGGGGCAGCUGCUGGCCACGGGCGUGGACGCCGUGCUGGGCAAAUCAGAGGAGCUGCUGGAUCGGUACCUCCCCGGGACAGGCGAGGAGCUGGGUGAGUGCCCACCAUCUCCCAAAUCUCGGGGUGCCAAGCCCGCCCGGGACCCUCACCCUGUUGCUCAGUCUUGGCAUUGGCUAUACAUGGUGGCCCCACAAUGGUGCCAGAGCACUGAGGCCACUGUGACCCCACGCAGGGGACAGUCCCCGUCUGAAGGACAUGGGAUGGCACUGGGUGAACUCUCACCUGGAAACCCAAAAGCAAAUAUAGUCCUGUGUGCCCGCCUGGGUAUUUAUAGCUUGGCACUGGGUGACACGAGGCAGAGCUGGCCCCGUGUCACAGCUCAGGUGACCGCAGAGGCCACCUGGCUUAAGGUGGCAUCUCCACACGACCUGGUGGCCAAGCAUCCUGUGGGUGCUCACGCUGGGCUCCAGUGCCCAGCGCAGGAUGGCCCAGCCACGCUGCCCUCACCCCGCUCCCACAGCGGCGACAACAGGCACAGAAGUGGCCACAGGCACAGAGGUGACCACGGGCACGGAGGUGACCACGGGCACAGAGGUGACCAAGGGCACGGAGGUGACCACGGGCACAGAGGUGACCAAGGGCACGGAGGUGACCGGGGGCACAGAGGUGGCCCCGCAGGAGCGGCAGAGGCGGUGGCAGAGCUACUUUGUCCGCGUGGGCUCCCUGUCAGCCCGGCUGCCACACCGGGCCCUGCGGCGCUCGCUGGGGGACCUGCAGCGGGCACGGCUCCGUGCCCAGCGGCUCCUGGCCCAGCUCCACCAUGUCAUCCGGCUGAUCGAGGAGGGGCAGCAGGGCACGGACGGGCCCUGGCACAGCACCCGGGAGCACCUGCACCACCUGUGGCUGGAGUGGAGCCAGCAGGAUGCGGUGCCCAUGGAGGACAACGAGGUGGAGGCUCGGACUCUGGCCAUGCUCCACGGGCUCCUGCACCAGCUCCACGCCGCCUGCUCCCACCUGGCCACCGGUGCCCGGGCGUUCCCCAGCAGCGUGCAGGAGACGGCGGGACACGUCUGGCACGGCGUGGAGGGCGUCCAGGCUUCCCUGGCCAGCGCCCACUCCUUCCAGGACCUGUCGGGCCUGGUGCUGGCACAGAGCCGGGACGCCGUGACGCGGGCACAGCUGAGCCUCGAGGGGCUGCUGGAGCACGUGGGGCAGCACACGCCCCUGCCCUGGCUCGUGGGACCUUUCGCCCCCGCGCUCGUGGAGUAUCCGGAGGAUGUCCCGGUGGAUAUGUCCAAGUGGGAGGGCUGUGUCACCGUGGGGGGGACGCACCAGGUGCCCGCUGCCCCCCAGGUCUGCAGCCAGCACUGAGUCACUGGUGCCACUGAGCUGGGGGAGCACCCACCCAGAGCUACGAACCCCAAUCCCGCCGGGAAUGAGGGCACGAUGGACGUGGUGACCCGGCGUGGGACCCCAGUGUCACGGCCGGGGACUCCUGUGGGGAUGGUGGCACGUGGAGGACACUGUGUGAGUCUGUCUGGGAUCCAGGGCUGCCCUAAGUCCCAGGAAUACUGGAAUUUCAUGUCUUAACAGCUUCAAACCAGUUUAAAGAGGAAGAAAACAACUUUUUUGGCCUUAAAAUGACUCAGAGCCUGCAGUGCUGUGGCAGAGCCACCGGCUCACCGCGGGGCUCUGCACGGGCGGCAGAGCCGGGGGCACCCCCGAGGGGGGGCUCAAUAAAGGGGUGCCAGUGGCACACAGUGGGACGGGAUUCCAUGGGGUACUGGGAGAAAGGGUGCCACAAGGUGCCAGGACACCUGGACUGUGACCCC